AUGGACGAUGUAAUCGAGAACUGCCAAACCACCUUCGAAGAGGAUGGAGUCAAUCAGCAGACACUGGACGAGUUGAGAAAGACAUGGCAGACCAAGCUUUCGGCACUUCAUGUUGGAACAUUCCCAUGGGAGCCUCCCCCAGCGCCUCAGCCAAUGGCAAAUCCCACAGUCCCAUCAAAUGUUCCACGUCCACAACAGGUUCCUUCCUCCGGAGUGCCAACAUCUUCGACCCCAGCCCAGAGCAAUGGAGCUGGUGGGGUUCGCAUCAAAACCGAACCUGGCUACGAGCAACAAGGCUUCCAGACUAAUGGUCUUCCCCCAAACUACGGCAACACAAUUGCUCAGCAACGAGCAGCAGCAAAUCUUCAACAGAAGUUUGGCGCCGGUGCCAAUGCGCAAAUCAGUCAACUUCAGGCUCAGGCGGCCAUGGGAACGCCUGGUGGUCAGCCACAGCGAAGCCCCAUGAACAUUCAACUGCCUCCGCAAAUGACCGAUCAGCAGAGACAGGAUCAGGCCGAAUUCAAGAGACGUCAGCAGGCGCAACAGUACCAGAGUCUCCACAAUACCCAACCGAGGCCUAUUGUCAACAAUGCUCAGACUGAUGGUACUGACGAAUGGGACGGCUACGUUGCUCAGCGGCGUCUUGAUGCGUCGAAGGACCCUGACAAGACUCACGAAGCAGAUCUGACUAUCAGGCAGCAAGUUGAACAGAUGAACCGUUCUAUGGAAGGGGGAGGCCUGAUGAUGCCUUUGGCCGAUCAAUCAAAGUUGCCUCAAAUGAAGAAGCGCAAGACAGUCGACGCAGAAGCUGGCCCUAGUAGCUCAUACUCUAAUCUAGCGGCGGCCCAAUCAUCAGACUCUAAGCACGUACCUAGGAUUCCGCAAAUGGAUGGAGAUGAAGAGGACGAUGACGAUGACAAGACCGGCAUCAAGGAUGAGCUUUUCGACGAUGAUGAUGAAGACGCAAUCAAUUCUGAUCUAGACGACCCGGAUGACAAUGUCAUUGAAGAAGAGCCGGAGGAUGGACGCCCACAACAAAUCAUGCUCUGCACUUACGACAAAGUGGCACGUGUGAAGAACAAGUGGAAGUGCACGCUGAAGGAUGGGGUACUGACGACUGGAGGCAAAGAAUACGUCUUCCAUCGAGCUCAGGUCAUCAUGCCUACAAGAGUUGCAGUGAAGACUGACAAGGCUCCUCCGCCUCUUCCCGUCUACUCUCAAGCCAUCGUCUGCAAUGGCAUGGUCUACUGUUCCGGUCAGGUCGCGAUGCAUCCCGAGACGAAGGCAAUGGUUGAAGGGGGUAUUUCUGACCGAACCGCUCAAUGCUUCAAGAACCUCUCGGCCGUACUUGAAGAGGCCGGAUCAAGCAUGAAGAAUGUGGUCAGGGUUGGCGUCUUCCUGACCGAUAUGGCCAACUUUGCCGCUAUGAACAAAGUCUAUGAUACCUUCUUUGAGGAUCCUAAGCCAGCCGAACCUGUGUAG